AUGGAGAAAUACACCAUUCCUAUUGAAAAGGCUGUCGAACUGACGCCGGUGUCUUCGGAACCGGAUAACUUCACUAACACUCAACCGCUGUGGAGCUUCGCGGGCGGCUAUGGAGUCUACGGCGGAUCAACUGUUGCCCAUUGUCUUGUGGCCGCUCAAAAGACCAUCCCGAGCGACUACGUCGCCCACUCUCUCCACUGCGGCUUCGUCAGCCCCGGUAAUCCAAAGCGACCGAUUGAAUAUCGUGUUGAACGUACACGCGAUGGGAAAAGCUUCAUCACGAGGACUGUCCACGCCACCCAGAAGGCCGGUGUGAUCUCUGAGGCAAUCGUCAACUUUGUGCGGGUGGGAACGUACAGUAAUAACGGUGAUAUUGACAAGGCAGGGAGACUCGAACAUGGGAGAAAUAUGCCCAAGGGUUUGACACUACCCGAUCAAGCAGAGAUGGAUGGGAAGGGGGUAGAUGGGCCGUUUGAGGCUCGCUGGGGGGAAAUCCUGAAUCAAAUAUCUCACGACCUGGUCAACACUCAGAUCCGAUACUGGAUGCGGGCCAAGGACCCUAUCCAGCAAAGGAGUCCUCAGGCCCAGCUCGCGGCGCUGGCAUAUAUGUCCGACGCAUAUUUUAUUGGCGCCGCAGUUCAAGUACACGACCUGCUGGGUCAAACGUUCGGGACCAAAAUGGCCAUGGCAGCUAGUCUAAAUCAUACAAUUUACUUCCACCACCCCGAAGCGGUGCGGGCGGAUGAGUGGAUGUGUUCCGAAAGAGAGAGCCCGUGGGCUGGCAAUGAUCGUGCGCUGGUGGUUCAGAGGAUUUGGUCUCCCAAGGGGAUCUUGGUGGCCACAUGUGUCCAAGAGGGAGUCUUACGUGUCCAAGUGCCCUCCGAGAAGAUAAAACUGUGA